CCGAAGAUUCAUGAUCAACCGCGCAACAUAAACAAACCCUUAACCGCAGCAAAAUAAAAAGAUCUACCCAGUUGCUCGGGUUCUCUACAACCUUCUCAGUCUCUCGCUCUCUCUCGCUCUCUCUGCCUUUUUACUCAUUCAUUGCUAUUUUGCGCCGAUGGAGAACGACUCCUACACCACGUCAAACCCGGACUCCAGCGACUCCUCGCUGUGGUCUACCGAAAUCGACUUCGAAAACACGCCGCCACCGUCGAGCAACUACAAAGUCAAGUUCUUGUGUAGCUACGGCGGCAAAAUCCUCCCUAGGCCUCACAACAACCAGUUAGUGUACUUCGGCGGCGAAACGAGGAUAUUGGCCGUCGAUCGCAACAUCAAGUUCACCGGACUCAUCGGAAAACUCUCGGUCCUCUGCGACGCCGAUGUCUGCUUCGAGUAUCAGUUGCCUGGCGAAGAUCUCGACGCGUUGAUAUCGGUGACGAAUGACGACGAUCUUGAGCAUAUGAUGCGCGAGUACGAUCGGUUGUUUAGGGCUUCGUGGAAGCCGGCGAGAUUUCGGUUGUUUUUGUUCCCUGAUGCGGAGUCGGUGGCUGCGGCACAAGGGAGUUUUGGUUCGAGCGAAGGGAAGAGCGAUCGGGAGAGGAGAAGCGAUGAGAACUUAAUCGAAGGUUUUCCAGGCAAUAAUUACUACGCACAAAACUUCUCAGAAAAAUUACCUCCGGCGACAUUACGGGCUGCUCCGCCGCCUCCUGUGUCUUCUUCCCAGGGAUAUUGGCCGGAGAAGCAACUCACUAGAGGCGGAGUUUACACGGCGGCGCCUGAACAACAACAACAACACAUGAUCCAAACUCCGGCGGGUAUGUAUCACGCGCCGAUGGGAAGACAG